AUGCUGAAAUCUUUUAGUCAAUUUAUAAAGCUUCUAUUCACACUUGUUCUGGUUGUACGUGUUCCUGAUUCCGUUCAAACGAAUACGUCUACAAGUUCUCCAUCGCAUGCGAUUAAAUCAAACGUAAGUAAAAAUACUCAAACGUUUUUUGACGAUUGGGCGCAUGUUUUACUUGUCGUAUUGUUGUCGCUCCUAUUUGGUAUAUUUACAGUAGUUUUGUUUAAGUAUUGCAAGAGAAAAAUAACGGGAAACAUACAAAAUUAUACAGUGGAAGUACCACACGGUCAAAACGAGCGGCGCAGCCUUCUAUACUGUGAAGUAGAUAUCUUUCAAUUCCCGAGCAGCGAAGCACGCUCAGAAACUGCUGAAACAGUCGAUACAGAAGUGGAACCUACACACGUUGAGAGUAAUUCAGAGGAUGAAUAUUGCUGUCCUGAAAAUAUUGAAGAUGCAUAUGAAACUGUGAAUCCAGUCAAUCCACCUCAAGCCAGUGGGGAAUAUGCAUGCGCGUAUAAUGAAGAUGCAUAUGAAACUAUGACUGCACCUCAAGCCAGUCGGGAAUGCACGUGCGCGUAUAUUGAAGAUGUGUAUGAAACUAUGAAUCCACCUCAAGCCUUUCUAAAUAUAGACACCGGUAAUAACACUUUUCCACGGGUGCGGCCAGCAAACGGAGUUUAUGAAAAGCUGCAGAACAGUAGGAGUUCUUCAGAUAACAAAUAUCGUUAUGCGUAUGAUUGGCUGGAUCCUGGUGCUAGAGUGGCCACAUUGAGCGCCAGUGAACCUGUGCUGGCCUCUCUUGGCAAAGAUGAAGUGGAUGACAAUUUUUAUGAAAAUUACCAAACAUUGUCGCGAGAAUGUCUUACAAAAGACUAA